GAGGGGAAGGUUCAUGACAGGUCAGCAGCCAAGUAUGAGUCUCUCGAGCAUACGACAGGUAUGUUGAAAAACGAUUAUCUUUAAGAAUAAAUAAACAGUUAUUCUUAAAAAUGACUUAACGCGUUGUAAUUGUUUUUUAAAUAUUUUUUUUAGCAACGUUUGUAACGCUUAAAAACACCAGUGUUUUUAAUCCCCUAGCUCAUGCAUUUCCCGGUUGAACCUUCCAAUGGACUGCACUGUCUUGAAGUUUAACCAUUGUGGAAGAAAAAUCUAUAGUUUUGACAAAAAUAGGCUCCAAACAGAGAACACAGGGCGAAAAUGCCCAAUCUGUCAGGAGCAGAUGAGAUUCAGCCUCCUCGAGGCACCUGUUGUAGUUCCAUGUCCAUUUAGUAAUGGACACAAGGUCCGGUGUGCCUUCCUCAUUGGAUCCUCACUGGGACCUGCUUUUCUUAGUGAAUGGCAGGACUCGGAGCUGCAUGUCGGAGUUACUAACUCACAAGGUGUGGUGUACAGCUACACCUCCUCAGGAGUCCAGAGAGAGGAACAGGGCUGGGAGCAGUGCCUCAGUGUGCCGCUGGUGGCCCCCGGGAAUAGCAGAGGCAGCCUAGCUGGGACGCUGUGGGACAGUGAGCUGGAACAGUUCUCCCUCCUCCCCACCUGGUCACGACACAGGUUUGAAGAGGAGAGGGAGUUUGGCUCGUGUUGCUAUGGCUUUGCCCUGUCCUUCCUGAACCAGUUGAGGAAAGCAGAGGGCAGAGAGUCAGUCACGAGGGAUGACUUCACACAGCAACAUGUCCUGCCCCACGUUAAGACUGCCUCCAAAUACAUCACAGUCUACCAAGAGAUCCAUCAACAUGGUUUCUACGUAGCUGAUUUAUAAGAUGCUUGUAUUAGUGUAAUUUUUAGAGGGGUUGGGAUAAAGCUGAAGGACCUUCCGUUGGAUCUUGUAUACAAUUGGACAAUAAAGCUGAACUUCAAUGAUAUUGUUAAUGCUUAGUUGUUGGUUAGCACACAGAAAUCCUGAUGCUUUUAAUAAAACAUUUAAAAAGCCGAUGCCAUUAUGUUAGAAAAUUGAGAAGAUGUGUGUAGCAAAUCUGAGUAGGUUGAUGUGUAUGAUAUUGGAUAUGAUAUAGUGAGAGUCUGUAUAAGAGUAAAAUAAAUAAUAACUGCCAA